AUGAGCUCUGCAAAAGAACUCGGCUAUCCUCACAUCUUAAUUCAGUACCAGAAUGGAUUUCUAGUAUCUAAGGUGAUGUUUACUGCCUGUGAGUUGGGUGUGUUUGAUCUGUUGCAAGAAUCAGAAGAAAAGUUGUCAUCCAAAGCCAUCGCAGAACAUCUGGGAAGCAGCCUCCAUGGAAUGGAGACACUGCUGGAUGCCUGUGUGGGUUUGAAGCUCCUGGAAGUAGAAGUGAACAAAGAAGGAGCUUUUUAUUGCAACACAGAAAUCUCUGAACAGUUUCUCACCAAAUCAAGUCCAAAGUCUCAGUAUCAUACCUGCAUGUAUUACUCCAAAACAAUUUAUCUUUGCUGGCAGUACCUGACAGAAGCUGUAAGGGAAGGCAAGAAUCAGUACGAGAGAGCGUUUGGCAUUUCACCGAAAGCUGUUUUUGAAGCUCUGUACAGAUCAGAAGAAGAAAUGCUGAAAUUCAUGUAUGGAUUGAAUGCAAUUUGGAGCCUAUGUGGCAGAGAUGUUAUAGCUGCAUUUGAUCUCUCCCCAUUCACUAUGAUUUGUGAUCUUGGUGGGGAUUUUUUUAAAGAUCCUCUUCCGGAAGCUGAGCUGUAUAUUUUAGCAAGGAUCCUCCAUGACUGGUCAGAUGAGAAUUGUGUACAACUUCUCACAAAAGUGCAAAAGUCUUGCAAAACUGGUGGUGGUGUUUUACUAAUUGAAACUCUUCUGAAUGAGGAUAAACGUGGCCCAUUGGAAAGCCAGCUCUAUUCGCUAAAUAUGCUCGUUCACACUGAAGGAAAAGAACGGUCACCUGCAGAAUAUAGCAAGCUCCUCACAGCAAGUGGUUUCAAGGAGAUCAAAAUUAAGAAAUCUGGAAAGCUCUAUGAUGCCAUUUUAGGAAAAAAAUAA